AUGAGUUUAGAGGAUACAUUAGCCAAUAUGUCACUGUAUGAUGCCAAGAAAUAUUUCCGUAAAGCUCAAAAUGUUGUAUUCAACUAUACUGAGAUGGAGGGGAAGGUUCGUGAAGCGACCAACAACGAGCCUUGGGGUGCAUCAUCCACUUUGAUGGACCAGAUUUCUCAGGGCACUUACAAUUUCAGAGAAAGAGAAGAAAUUUUGUCCAUGAUAUUCAGAAGGUUCACCGAAAAGGCAGGUAGCGAAUGGAGACAAAUUUAUAAAGCCUUACAAUUGCUCGAUUACCUUAUUAAACACGGUUCAGAAAGAUUUAUUGAUGAUACAAGGAAUAGUAUCAACCUAAUCAGGAUUUUAGAAACUUUUCACUAUAUCGAUUCUCAAGGAAGAGAUCAAGGUAUUAAUGUCAGAACUAGGGUUAAAGCUUUGAUUGAAUUAUUGAGCGACGAUAAUAAGAUACGUGCAGAAAGAAAAAGGGCAAGAGAAACAGCCAGGAAGUACAAGGGCGUUGCUGGAGGAUCUGCCUCUGCUGACGGCAGUUUGAAUUCCAAGGCGGGUUUCACUUCAACGAAAGUGCACGGUAUUAGCGUGAGUGCUGAUUUCGAUAGUGACAAUGAAGACAACGAAGAUGGUUCUUUUAGAGGAAAUGGAUAUAACGAUAAUGGCUCGAGAGCCACAUCUGCUCCUGAGCAAGUGAAACAGGAACCAGAAGACUUUGUUGACUUUUUCUCUAAUGACUCUUCACAGCCAUCGAAAGAACUCAUACAAGAAAAUGACAAGAAUGCAAAUGAAGAAGAGAAUGAUGAUGACGAAUUUUCAGAAUUUCAAAGCGCUGUCCCUGUUACUAACCCUGCCAAUUCGUUUGACUUACUAAAUACGAAUCCAAUUGGGGCUGUACCUGCUACCGCUAGUUCGAUGUCUUUUUACAACAGCUCGACUACCAAUCAAAGUAAAAUUACCCCAGCCAUCGCCGAACCUAAAAAAGUAGAUCCUUUCAGCUCAUUGUUUUCAACUGCAAAGGCAUCUUCUGAAGCACCUAGUACUCCCAAAGCAUCGCAAGCGAACGUCCCCGCCUCUAAUCCCGUAUCUAAUAGCACAACCGCACUAAGUACGGAUCAAGAUGAUGAUGACGAAUUCGGUGAAAUGCAUGGUGGAGCUGUCCAACAAGAACCAAAUACCACCAAUAACGAUAAAUCUUCGAAAGAAGUCGAUUUGCUUUCCUUUUGA